AUGUAGAAAGAGAAGACCUUGUUGAUGGGACUCAGUUUCCUCUAUGGAAUCUGCAGUUUACUUCCAACAGGCGCAAUACUUAUUGAUAUGGACUUUUUCAUUAGAAAGCUACCAACAUAUCAUCCUGAAUAUGUCUAUAACUUGAUUGCAAGCUUUACUUAGCUUGGAGGGAUAGCCAUGGGAUUUGUGCUUAUAAACAAAAUAACCUAUCAAACUAAGUUUUUGAUUGCUUUUGUGCCUACUAUUAUUUUUAUGUCAUUGUUUCCAUUUGUUUACUUAAUCGAGGAUGAUGAUACUGUCUGGAUCCUUUCAAACCUACUUUUGACAUUGAUUGGUGUUUUCUUGGGAUUUAUGAUGGCCAUCGUUUUGGGUAUUUCAGGUAUUUUAGGCCCACAAUUUACAGGGUUAAUGCUGUUGGGUUAGGCCGUGAGUUCUCUAAUCACAUUGAUUUACUUAAGAUAAAAAUAUCUUAUUUUGGCUACCGAACUAAGAGAGAGAUAAACUACAAUGAUUAAAGAAAGAGAGGCUUCAGUUAUAGAAAAUUUAAGUUAGAACAAUGAUCUAAAAAACAUUUCAAUGUUUGAAGUCAAAGCUUAAAACCCUCUCAGAAUUCAUUUCUACUUAAAACUUAUGGAUAAAAUAUGGGUUGAGAGUUUAAUUCUUUUUAUCAAUUUCCUGAUCUCUUAUAUGCUUUAUCCUAGUAUACUAUUUCAAAAGAAAUUCGAACUUUUUGAAAACAUUUAAUGGAAUAUUUUAAUGCUAAAUUUGGGAUUUAAUCUCGGAAACUUUAUUGGAAGAGUCUUGGCUAGAUUUAAGCAUGGCUAUUCUAGAUUAUUUUUAAUAUUAACUUGUAUAUCAAGAGGAUUAAUAAUAGCCUCAUCUUUUGUAAUUGGCUUAGAAGACACUGUAUUUUUAUCUCAUCCUGCGACAGUUAUUUUUAAUUCGCUAUUAGUUGGUUUGACUGGUGGAUUAUUUAGUGUAGCAUCAAGCACUAGUUUCCAUUAACGACUUGCUGCUUAAGAAAAGGAAUUUGGUGGAUAUAUAAUUACCGUGAUGCUUAACUCAGGUAUCGGAGUCGGUUCUCUAGUUAGUCUCUUGGCUUUUCAGCAUACAUUUAAAUGA